UCGAAUACUUGAGAGUUGAGAGACAGUAUGUGACUUGCUCUCCUGUCCUGUCCUGAAAAGGAAUAAUUAUUUUCUUUUCUUUCGUCCAAACCUAGCGGAGCUGUUUAUCGAAGCUUGAAAGUUUGAAAGAAUGACGACAAUAUCAGAUCUGUCCGAGGAAUUGGUAGAGGAGAUACUCUGUAGGGUUCCAGCAACAUCUCUGAAAGCUUUACGAUCUACUUGCAAAAAAUGGAAUGCUUUAUCGAAAAAUCAGAUUUUUGGUAAAACAGAGAAACAGUUUUUGGGAUUCAUGAUGAUGGAUUAUAGAGUUUGUUCAGUGAAAUUCAAUCUCCCAAACGAAGACUACGGCGCAGACCCAUCUAUAAAGCAGGUAGCUUUACUUGAUCAAGUGAAGAUAUCUAAAUUGUUUCACUGCGACGGCUUGUUGUUAUGCGUCGUUAAGGACAACACAGGGCUUGUGGUAUGGAACCCGUAUUUGGGUCAAACCAAGUGGAUCCAACCCAGAACCAGUUUCCUCAGCUCAGACAGGUAUGCUCUUGGUUAUGACAAGAACCGUAACCACAAGAUUUUGAGGAUUUCUUGUUUUGGGUACGAAAUCUAUGAUCUUAGCUCUGAUUUAUGGAAGUUUUAUUGUGUCACUCCCGAUUGGGAGAUACCGUCUCAUCAACGUGGUGUGUCUUUGAAGGGAGAUAGCUAUUUUUUGGGUCAUGAGAAGAUAACAGUGAGUGGAGGAGAAGGGGUGAGAAGAAAGAUUGAAGAUAGUUUACUCUGUUUUGAUUUUACAAGUGAGAGAUUUGGACCGCCCCUGCCUCUGCCUCUUUCGUUUCACUCUUAUCGUUCAGAAACUAUGACUCUGUCUUGUGUUGGAGAGGAGCAGCUCGCCGUGUUUAGUUACCACCUGAAUUUAUCUAGCGUAUAUGAGAUUUGGGUUACGAAUAAGCUUGAACCCAAUGCGGUGUCCUGGAGCAAGUUUUUGAGAUCGUUCCGUGGUUCUCAUGUUCACAUUGAGGCUGGGAGUUUUUUCAUUGACGAGGGGAAGAAAGUUGCUGUGGUUUUUGGUCUAGAUUACAAAUAUGAUGAGACUCGUUACCAAACAGCUCACAUCAUUGGACAAGGUGGAUACUUCAAAUCUGUGAAUAUCGGAGAAGCUCCGAAUCUCGCAAAACUUGACAAACCAUACAUGUUUGGAUAUACUCCGAGAAAGUAUUGUUACCCAGUUGUGUGCUCUUCUUAUGUUCCAAGCUUAGUACAACUGCAAAUCAACCAACCGGGAAAAGGGAAAGAACGUGAUUAUUAUUAGUUAGUUCCAUUUACAAAUACAUUUUUUGUUUCUUGCAUUCAUUUACUUUUGAACCUGAUUAGUUUGUGUUUUUCUGUUUAUCACCUAAUAAAGAAUUUGGAUUCGACAAGGUA